AUGGAAUUGGGGGAAAAAAGUAGAGAAAAUAAACUUGAUGAAUAUGAAAAUUUAAUUGAUGAAGCAUUAGAUAACGGAAUAUUAUUUAACUUCAUUGUUGAAGAAGAACAAAAAUUUGAUGAAUUUGGAAGAAGAGGAUUACUUAAACCAUUUAAAAAAAAGGAUGAUGCUAAAAAUCAUUUCUUAAACAAAAAACAGAAAAACGCAGAUCCCUCAACUGUUACUGCUAGUUUUUAUUUGCAAAAAGUUUUGACAACUCCUCAUGGAUCUAGUAUGUUAUUAGGAUUUUCUCGAAAAUAUGCUUGUUACAAUUUUACUAUUUAUGAAAAUGGAAGCGCAAAUGGUGGUUGUUAUUUUUGGGGUGAAAAGGAUGGCAAAAGAGUAGCUAAUGAAAUUUGUUCCCAUGUUUUUGCAUAUUUAUCGCAGUUAGACAGGACAGGAGACAAAGAAUGCGUUCAUUUUUUCUGUGAUAACUGUCCUGGCCAGAAUAAAAAUAAGCAAAUGAUAGCUAUGUUGAUACAUUUUUUAGGUAUAUCUAAAGUUGUUAAAAAUAUAACAAUAACAUAUUUAGUACCUGGUCAUACAUAUAUGCCAGUCGACAGCAUCCAUGCUAUCAUAGAAAAAAAGAUCAAGAAAAUGUUCAUACAAGUCCCGUCGGAAUGGCCUACUAUUUUACCUAAUGCUCGCAAGCCACCAUACGAAAUUAUUGCUACAAAAUAUUGUUCAAUCUUGGACUGGAAAGCUGUCACUUCCUCUAAAAAAUUAAGACACUCACGAUAA